UUGUACUUAUAUAUCCAUUAAACCACCCAUACUUGCCCUCUACUUUUGGCAAAAACUAUGGACAAGCCCAAGAGCAACAACAACAUAAUGGAUGGAGUUGGGAGCAAUGUGAAGAAGGUGAUUGAGAAUUCAAAGACUGAAAGAUAUGGUGAUAUCAUGCUUCGCGCUCUUGCCUUCAUUCUCACCUUCAUUUCUGCCGUUGUUGUGGGUGUCGAUAAGGAGACUCAGAUGGUUUCUUUCACUCUUGUCAAAACUUUGCCUCCCCUCCAUGUUCCUGUCACUGCUAAAUGGCAGUAUAUGUCAGCUUUUAUGUACUUGCUGGUAUCAGAUGUUAUAGCAUGCGCAUAUGCAGGAGUAUCGUGGGCAUAUUGCAUGGCCAAACCGAAACUAAAUAAUAGGUUGGAAUUAGUAAUGACAUUGGUAGAUUUAACAAUGACGGGACUGCUAUUCUCGGCUACAGGAGCUGCCAUGGCAAUAGGAGUGCUGGGUAUGAAUGGGAACUCGCACGUACAGUGGCACAAGGUUUGCAAUGUGUUCGGUGACUUCUGCCGGCAAUUUGAGGCUGGACUUGUGUUGUCUCUGCUUGGAUCGUUUGCGUUCCUUUUGCUGGUAGUCCUAGCUGUUUUCAAUCUCUACAAGAGAUCACGGUAG